AAGAUGUAGGGGAGAAGAAAGAAAAGGAUAAUAAAUUUGAAUGCAUUGUUAGGGAUGAAAAGAGAGGAGGAGGUGGAGAGUAUCUUAAAUGUAUCUAUUUUAAUGCUAGGAGCAUUGUAAGAAAGGCAGGUGAUGGAGAAGGGAUGCGCUCAGCCCGAAGAUGUAGGGGAGAAGAAAGAAAAGGAUAAUAAAUUUGAAUGCAUUGUUAGGGAUGGAAAGAGAGGAGGAGAUGGAGAGUAUCUUAAAUGUAUCUAUUUUAAUGCUAGGAGCAUUGUAAGAAAGGUGGAUGAGCUUAAAGCAUGGAUUGAUACCUGGAAUUAUGAUGUUGUAGCUAUUAGUGAAACAUGGUUGCAGGAAGGGUGUGAUUGGCAACUAAAUAUUCCUGGAUUUAGUUGCUUCAGGUGUGAUAGAGUAGGAGGGGCCAGAGGAGGAGGUGUUGCAUUGCUUGUCCGAGAAAAUCUUAUGGCGGUGCUUUGGAAGGAUAGAUUAGAGAGCUCCUCUAGGGAGGCCAUUUGGGUGGAAUUGAAGAAUGGGAAAGGUGCAGUAACACUGAUAGGUGUGUAUUAUAGGCCACCUAAUGGGGCGCGUGAGUUGGAAGAGCAAAUGUGUAAGGAGAUAGCAGAUGUUUGUAGUAAACACAAGGUGGUGAUUGUGGGGGAUUUUAAUUUUCCACACGUAGACUGGGAAGCUCAUUCUGUAAAAGGGCUGGAUGGUUUAGAGUUUGUGAAAUGUGUGCAGGAUAGUUUUUUGCAACAAUACAUAGAAGUACCGACUAGAGAUAGGGCAGUGUUGGAUCUCCUGUUAGGGAAUGCGAUAGGUCAGCUGACAGAUGUAUGUGUUGGGGAGCACUUCGGGUCCAGUGAUCACAAUAGCAUUAGCUUCAAUAUAAUUAUGGAGAAGGACAGGACUGGACCUAGAGUUGAGAUUUUUGAUUGGAGAAAGGCUAACUUUGAGGAGAUGCGAAGGGAUUUAGAGAGAGUGGAUUGGGUCAAGUUGUUUUAUGGGAAGGAUGUAAUAGAGAAAUGGAGGUCAUUUAAGGGUGAAAUUAUGAGGGUACAGAAUCUUUAUGUUCCUGUUAGGGUGAAAGGAAAGGUUAAAGGUUUGAGAGCACCAUGGUUUUCAAGGGAUAUUAGAAAUUUGGUUCAGAAAAAGAGGGAUGUCUACAAUAGAUAUAGACAGCAUGGAGUAAAGGAAUUGCUCGAGGAAUAUAAAGAAUGUAAAAGGAAUCUUAAGAAAGAGAUUAGAAAGCUAAAAGAAGAUACGAGGUUGGUUUGGCAAAUAAGGUGAAAGUAAAUCUGAAAGGUUUCUACAGUUAUAUUAAAAGCAAGAGGAUAGUGAGGGAUAAAAUUGGCCCCUUAGAGAAUCAGAGUGGUCAGCUAUGUGUGGAACCGAAGGAGAUGGGAGAGAUUUUGAAUGAUUUCUUCUCUUCGGUAUUCACUAAGGAGAAGAAUAUUGAAUUGUCUAAGGUGUGGGAAACAAGUAAGGAAGUUAUGGAACCUAUGACAAUUAAAGAGCUGGAGGUACUGGCGCUUUUAAGAAAUUUAAAAGUGGAUAAAUCUCCGGGUCCUGACAGGAUAUUCCCCAGGACCUUGAGGGAAGUUUGUGUAGAAAUAGCAGGAGCUCUGACGGAGAUCUUUAAUAUGUCAUUAGAAACGGGGAUUGUGCCGGAGGAUUGGCGUAUUGCUCAUGUGGUUCCAUUGUUUAAAAAGGGUUCUAGAAGGAAGCCUAGCAAUUACAGACCUGUCAGUUUGACAUCAGUGGUGGGUAAAUUAAUGGAAAGUAUUCUUAGAGAUAGUAUUUAUAAUUAUCUGGAUAGACGGGAUCUGAUUAGAAGUAGCCAGUAUGGAUUUGUGCGUGGAAGGUCAUGUUUGACAAACCUUAUUGAAUUUUUUGAAGAAGUUACGAGGAAUGUUGACGAGGGUAAGGCAGUGGAUGUAGUCUAUAUGGACUUCAGCAAAGCCUUUGACAA